AUGGCAAGAUAUGCCCAGUUCGACUUCUACCAACAAUCCCCAUCAGCACUAAACGUACCUGAAGAGGACGAGAUGAGCGUGCUGGACGACAAGAUCCUCGACCCGACCUCCCCUGGGCUCUCCGAUCCCCGCCGCUCAUCCUACGACGCCCAAGACGCCUUCUCACAUCGGAAUUCCGUCUGGUCCAACUAUUCCCACGCGAGUUCCGACCAGUCGAGGCCGCACUCUCAUCUCGAUCAUUCCCUUCUGGACUCAUCGGGCGCCCAUUUCAUGCCCGUCGAUGGCCCGCAGUCCUAUUCACAACAACCCUGGUCUGGAUCGCGCACCGCGUCCGGUUCAUGUACACCUACCGUUUAUGAACAUUAUCCGCCCGAUGCCGAGACGUCCUCUGCGGCGCCCUAUUCGGGUGGUGCGGUAGGUCCUGUUGGUUCGAUGCCCAUGGGUGCGGUGUCGUAUCGCAACGGAAUGGGGUUCCCGUCUGGCGGGGUCGCCAUGUCCCCGCAGUCGAGUCAAGGUUGGAUGCCGGCGCCGAUGGAUCUGACAGAUGCGGCCACCCAGUCGAAGGCUGCGCCUUAUCGGAACGGCUCACCGUUGACGCUGAGACGGGAUGGCAUUCGGAAGAAGAACGCCCGCUUCGAGAUCCCGGCGGAGCGGACUUUGAGUAAUAUCGAUCAUUUGAUCAGCCAGUCGAGUAAUGAUGAGGAGAUCAAAGAGCUCAAGCAGCAGAAGCGACUGUUGCGCAACCGACAGGCGGCGUUGGAUUCCCGUCAACGGAAGAAGCUUCACACCGAAAAGCUCGAAGAAGAGAAGAAGCAUUUCACUCAUACGAUCAGCCAGUUGGAGGAUAUGGUGCAGUCUCUGCAGAAGAGAGAGGCAGACUUGAUGCGCGAGAAGGGUGAGUGGAUGGCCCAGCAGGGACAGAUCACCCAGUACAUCGAGGGUCUCCACAUGGAAAAGGACGAGAUGAUCCGUGUACACACCUUGGAGACAGCCGAGCUGCGCAAGAAAAACAAUAUCCUGAUGGAGACUGUCGAGAAACUCGAGCGAGGCGUCAAGCCUGCGUUGGCUGAUAGCCACGCAGGCGAGUUUGCCGGCUUCGAGAAUCUCAGCAUGGAAGGCCAUCCGUGGGAGGAUUUCACCAUGGCCAACGGGCUCUCGAUGCCAGAGUCAGCCCCUGUUCCACAUCCGUCGCAGUCUCUCUCCAACGAGCGGGGACCGGAAAAGCAUCCGUUCAGCUGGAAUGCUUUCUACAUGUGCCUUCUCUUUGGUGCUUUCAUCGCAUCCAACAACAGUUCGCUGCCUGGUGGCCGUUCCCUUCCCCAAAUGUCGGAAGAGUACCGCGCUGAGUCUGCCAAUGUCUUGAAGGCAGUGCUAGCCUCGUCUCCACCGGAGCUCGCCAACCCGGUGGCCCACGCAUUAUCGGCGUCUGCCGCCGGACCAGACCCAACCACCAUGUCCAUGGAGAUGGGUCAUAUGGGUCCUGCGCCAACCGGGUCCUCCACCCUGGAUGAGUUGCACGAUACACUAAUCAUGCCGACCGAAGAACAAGAGCGUGCUCAGGUGUUUGCCCUUAAUGCUGAACAGUACAACUCCCUCACCACCUUCGAGGACGACGACGCUGGGUUCAAGCCCCAGCAGCCCUCCAACCUGCAACAGGCACUGGCAGCCAUGCGCAACCAUAAUGCAGCGCAGCACCGCAUGCACGAAGCCUCGACUUCAGGCGUCUACUCUCGCUCACUGAUGUGGGACCAUGUUCCACAGAAGGUGAUCCGCGAUUUCCAGCGCAUGGUCCAGGAAUACGGCGUCAACCCAGUGAAGGAAGAGAUGGUCGGCUUCCAGACAACCUGA